GAGGUCGCAAACGCUACUACGAGUCGCCACAUUUUGUGAAUGACGCCACAUGCACCAAAGCCGGAGACUUAAAUAUGAUGAGGAUUUUUGGUGUCAAAGUAGCCUAGUGCUUCUCGACGUAAUUACAGAAUGUUAUUGGGAGCUGUAUUUUCGGCGAUAUGGACGUGCAAAUCGCGACGACCGUGUGUUUACGCUUUAAAACGAGUUGAUAACGUUCGUAAUACACGGUCUGCAACCAUCUUCUCAUAAAGAGAAGGCAGAGAAGAGUGCUGGGUCGUUUCUCAAUAGGUUGAAGUGCACCGCACUUCCUUCACAAACACACAGAGGAAAACAUCUGCGGGUGGAUGAAACGAACAUUAUACCGAUUAAAGGCGCGCUGUCCGGAUGGUGAGAUGCGAGGACCAGACCGUGGGAUUAAUCGAAGCCUGCCAUUCAUCACAAACUACUUCUGUUGAGAACACUUGCGGCAUAAAGUUACCUAAGAUUGGGGAAUGGUAGACAUAGAGACGCUAACCAGGGAAGAAAUGUUCCUCUGCGACACUAUUCUGGAUAUUAAGACAAAACGAAACCCGUAUAAAAUACGUUGAGUAAAAGUGGACCGAGCAACCGUGGAGAUGGUUUGAAGGUAGGUCUUUAUGUUGGAAGUAUGAAAGGACAUAUUCCCCGUGGUCGCACUUUUGUCAGGUUUGGUUGCGGGAACCAGGCACAGUGAGGAGUCGAGGGGAAAUAAAUGAGGGACCUUCUCUCUCUGGAGCUAUGAGGCUGAAUACGACCACCGUGGAUGGGGGCGCGAAAGGCGCCGAGAAAGACUCCUCGUUCCGUGUACUCACGGGCUGUUUUCUCUCCUUGCUGAUACUCUCCACGCUUCUGGGGAACACUCUAGUCUGCGUGGCCGUCAUCAGGUUUCGCCACCUCCGAUCGAAAGUCACCAAUUUUUUCGUGAUCUCAUUGGCCGUGUCCGACCUGUUGGUUGCCAUUUUGGUGAUGCCCUGGAAGGCAGUGAGCGAGAUCGCGGGGUUUUGGCCCUUUGGUUCAUUCUGUAACAUCUGGGUGGCCUUUGAUAUAAUGUGCUCCACGGCCUCUAUCCUGAACCUGUGCAUCAUUAGCGUGGACAGAUAUUGGGCCAUCUCCAGCCCUUUCCGCUACGAGCGCAAAAUGACACCUAACGUGGCUUUUGUGAUGAUCAGCGUGGCUUGGACUCUCUCGAUCCUCAUCUCCUUUAUACCAGUGCAAUUGAAUUGGCACAAGGCUAAACCCACCACCGUAUUGGACUACAACAGUUCCCACCAUCCAGGGGACAACUGUGACUCCAGCCUGAACAGGACCUAUGCUAUAUCUUCGUCCCUGAUCAGUUUUUACAUCCCAGUGGCCAUCAUGAUCGUCACCUACACCAGGAUCUACCGGAUCGCCCAGAAACAGAUUCGGCGCAUCUCGGCGCUGGAGAGGGCAGCUCUGCACGCCAAGAACUGCCAGAGCAACAGGAGCAGCGGCAGCAACGUGGACAUGCAGCCGCCCGAGAGCUCCUUCAAGAUGUCUUUCAAGCGAGAGACUAAAGUUCUCAAGACCCUGUCGGUCAUCAUGGGGGUGUUCGUGUGCUGCUGGCUGCCAUUCUUUAUCCUGAAUUGCAUCGUGCCCUUUUGUGAGACACAAGCCCACGCCAGCAGCACGGCAGCGCCCUUGCCCUGCGUCAGUGGCAGCACUUUCGAUGUGUUUGUUUGGUUCGGCUGGGCCAACUCCUCCCUCAACCCCAUCAUCUACGCCUUCAACGCGGACUUCCGCAAGGCUUUCUCCACCCUGUUGGGCUGCGACACUUUCUGUAACGGCGACGCGGUGGAGACGGUCGCCAUCCACAAUGGUGUAUCCGCCUACAACCCCGGAGGCUCCCUGGAGAAAGUGGAGAACUGUGUCUACCUGAUUCCCCAUUCGGUGCCGUGCCCUCAGGAGAAUCCAGCGGAUCCCAGCCGCUGCAUCAAGCUUUCUCCAGUCUCCCAACAUGGGGCUGUCAGCCUCCUGUCCAGCAAUGGGGACUAUGAGACUGACGUGUCGUUGGAAAAAAUCAUUCCCAUCACCCAAAACGGCCAACACACCUGACGGUUUAUGGACUAAGACCAGAAAUGUGUGCUUUAAAUUCAAGAAACAAAAUACAUGCGAGCUGGUAUCAAACUUAACAAACGUGACUCACGGCACCCAUCAAUAGCAAUGCACUGCUUACUGUAGCUACUUGAAACAAAUUAUAUUUAACAGGAUCGUUCUCCCCCCACCCCUCCGCCCCAGAUUCAGUGAUGAGGAUUUAAUGAAAUUAGAUGUGCAAUUGUCUUCUGAAUACCAUUUCUUCUCAAUAGACGAUUAGAGGAAUUGCCCACCGAGGGGUUGAGAUGACUUAUUUAGUGCUAUGGUGACAACAUGCUGGCCACAUGUUACAGUGCUGCCCAGUACGUUUGAAUAGAGUUCAGGCGAUGCCACUCGCUGUGCCAUAGGGCUUGUAUGUGGGCACAGAUAGGAUUAUAACUAACUGAAGCCUUUAACUGGGUUUCUGUUAAGGUCCUAUGCCCUUGAUGAGACAAAGUUUCCACACUUGUUAUUUCCUUUAUAUUCGGACGUACAUGCAAUCGGACCACUUUAAUUAUAAGAUAAAUGAUACAUAAACAUAAAUCAGAGAUACAAUUUAGUUAACAAAAUCCAACUUCUCUUCUUAAGAUUGAGAUGUUUAUAAUUUCGUUUGGCUGGCUUCUUCCUCACACUUCAUUGAUAAAAGAAUAUCUAGUCAUACAGAAAAUACAUACAAAUAGUACUAGUACUAUGAUUUUGAUGUGAGAAAGGCUUAUGAUGGUACUUAUUUCCAAAGUUUUAAAGCACUGUAUUCAAAAUUUAAGUAUUUAUUAACGGAUAGAACGUUGUUGUAAAACUCGUAAUGGUACACAUAAGCUAAAUGUGAGGACAUAGCUAGUGUAUAGAUUUCCCCCCGCAAAAAAAAAUCCAUCACUUCUGACUUGUCAAGGCACGGCUGGAUUGUGUUGUCAGACUGUCAAGACCAUUCUCCCUGUUUAUUGACAAGUAAACUAACUGCACAUCUUUAUGUGACGUGGACUUUGUACUCAUUCCUAUAUCAAGAUGUUGUCACACUAGUUCCAAGCAUCUAUUUGAUAUCUGGUGAUCAUUUAUAUAUAUAUAAAUAUAUAUAUGGUAUAUGGUAUAUAUUAUCAAAAUGCUUUUAGUUGCCCUUCAGUCGAUUUUCUCAAUCAUCGCCCUUUCCAAAAUUAAUAUCUCUACCUCUCGCCUUCGUUUCCUGUAUUACUAUAUCGAGGCAAACAAAUAAUAUACUACGUGGAAAUUGUUCAUUGUGUGCUGUUUAGUAGGGUACUGUGCACACGUGUGGAAGCUUGGAACUGCGUCAUGUAUGAUUUAUUUGCUUACCUCAAAACUAGCUCUUUAAACAAAAGGUCACUCCGUGCCUGUUUCAUGCUAACCUGAACUUGUAAUUGCCAAGCACCCUGUUAAUCCAAGAAACAAACGUGAAUUAGAAGCUCAAAAGCCAAACGCACGACAAAUUCAUGUAUUCUGAUUAUCGAGACUAUUUCACGAGAGGGCUGAGCAAUUCAGAUACUGAAAGCGAAUGUACAACGGAAUGUGGUGCAAUGUUCAAUUCGACAACUGACAGCGAUGCCGAUCGCGUGUACAGUUAAAAGGAGAAUGUCUUGGAAUUUUGUUCCUACAUAAGCACGGUGGAAUUAUUGGUGCUGGAAAUGUAUAAGCUUUUGUGGCUAUAGCUGAAAGAUACAGUCCUGUUGUAUAGGUCUGUCACGUUAGCAUUUUAAUACUCAUUGCCAGUAAACUAAAAACACUUUAAAACAUCUGGUGUAUGUAGUGGGUAUCUGUCAUUGAAAUAAACAGAAAUUAUUUUCCUGCCACUUAACUCUGGUUUCUCUACAGGUGGUAUCUAAGCUUUGGAAAAUGAACUCCACAGAUUCCACCAGAUACAUACAUUAUCAACACUGAACUACCCAAUCCUGCAAUUUUUAGCCGUCAGUCUAUAAUUUACUAGACAGGUUGUCAAAAUUAACUGUUGUAUUAAAAAAAACCCAGCCGAGUCAUCAUUGUAAAACUGACUUAUUCAUGAUUUAUAUUACCUCUACCAAAACAUUUACUUGAAUGUUCCGAAAACUUGUGUAAAUACUUCCGAAAUGUCAACAGAAAGAUUAUAACAUGUAUAAAUAAUUUUGAAGGAAAUUUGGCCACCCUUGCAAUGUUACACCUCCUCUUGAGAUUAUGUUGGCAUUUGUGAGACAGACCAACACUGCAUCCAAGGAGAACAUGGAGCUCCCGUUUAUACUUUUCUCCCCUGGCAUUCAUAAACAUGCCUAUUCCAGCUGAGCAAAAACGAGUUGCUGUUAGCUUGAAAAAGAAUUAAUAUUUCAGGCUGAUGAUCUUUUGGCAGAGUUCGAGAUUUACCAACUUUGAAGCAAGUGAAGAGGCAGGUAAAAUUGAUGGUAAUACAAUAGAGGUGGUGCAGAAAGAGCAUCAGGUAAAAUCGGUGUGAGCAUACUAUCAGCAAUGAGGAAAUUACUCCAAGAACGAUGGUGAAAUCAAAAGUUAGUGGCAUGUCAUGAAUUUAAAAAUAGUCUAGAGGAAGUGCUGUGGCAGAGCAGAACCACUGUCAGCAACUUGGUCUGACAAAAUGUGAGCACAGGUCAUGACUUGAAAUCUUUUAGCAAAGUGUGAGCUUGGAAGGUUGUGAAAUGCGUGACCCAAAACCCAAAGAGGAAGUGCUGAUACUCACACUCAGGCUGAAGUAAUUUAUUUCCGACUGCACUUUUUG